CUUAGUUAGAUGCAUUUGCUGAACAGAGAAGCUGCUGCUUACACACUGCAGCCUGCACCCUGUAGCUCAUCUCCCCAGUGUUACCUACUAUACAGCUGUGCACAUCAAAUAAGAAACAUGUGUUUCAAUGGAUUUCGAACUUUUAAGUGAUUCUGUGGAAAAGGAUACUAUAAUAAUUUUUCUAGCUGAAAUCUACACAUGGGUUUCAAAGCCUAAAACUCAUCUCAUCAAAGAGAAGCUGGGUCAAGUUGAAUGCUGCUGAAGGACAUCAAGCCACCAAGGACCUGGAAAGAUCAAUUACCAAAUACACUGGUGGGUUUGGACUACAUGCUCAUAAUAUACUCUGCAGAUGAGUGUACGGGUGUGAUGGUCAUCAACAGAGGAUUUGAAGUAUAUUUGUGAAUAAAAGGAGCAUCUCUGAGAGGCAAGAUGUCAGUCCAGAUUUACUCCCUGCUUCUCCAGUUUGCCAUCAUUGGUUUUGGUGUCACAGCUUAUCCUGCCACAGAGGAUCUCUUACACACUGCAGAGGUGUUUCUGGAGAAGUAUGGCUACAUUAAAGAAGAAAAAAAGGAUGCAAGUAAGGCAGAACUUGCUGUAGCAUUAAGAGAUUUCCAGAGGUUGUCUAACCUUCCAGUCAGUGGGGAUCUAGAUGCCACCACAUUAUUUCAGAUGACUGUCCCACGUUGUGGUAUGAAGGAUACAGGCCACAUGCAAUGGAUGGACCAAUUCAACAGACCCCUUUCCGUUCAACAACGCAGUAGACGGUACACAAGCAAAAAUAAAUGGUACAAACGCCAUCUGACAUAUCAUAUUGUCAAUUGGCCAUGGUAUUUGUCCCAGCACCAAGUGAGACAAGCAGUGAAAACUGCAUUCCAGCUGUGGGGCAAUGUCUCGUCUCUGACAUUUUCUGAAGCUACAACAGGACCAGCAGACAUUCGCUUGGCUUUCUAUGAUGGAGAUCACAAUGACGGAGUCACAAAUGCUUUUGACGGACCAGGAGGCGCUCUUGCACAUGCCUUUUUCCCAAGACGAGGGGAAGCUCAUUUUGACAAUGCGGAGCAUUGGUCAUUAAGUGGAAGGGGCAGGAACCUCUUUAUUGUCAUGGCGCAUGAAAUUGGGCACACCUUGGGGCUUCAGCACUCACCCUUCAAAAAUGCCCUCAUGUCUCCCUACUACAAGAAACUAGGCAAAGAAUAUGUGCUGAAUUUUGAUGACAUCCUAGCCAUCCAAAAUCUGUAUGGGGCUCCACCAAGUGGCAAGACAGUGCAGCUCUCAGGAAAGGAGUUUACAUUUUUUCAGGACUGGAAUCCAGAAAAUAAUGAAGGUUUCGAAAAGGGGAACAGGGUGCCACCCUAUUGCCAGUCUGUCUUUGAUGCCAUCACAUGGGAUAAGAAAAAUACAUUGCACAUCUUCAAAGGCAGUUACUUCUGGACAGUCUCACAGAAUGGAAAUGUCUCUAAGCCCCAUCUUCUGCGACAGCGAUGGAAGAAGCUCCCAGCUUAUGUUGAAGCUGCAGCCGUGUCUGGUUCAACUGGAAAGUUCUACUUCUUUAAAGGUGGGAAAUGUUGGAGAUACAAAGACUCUAAACUGGAUGGUGGUUUUCCUCGAAAGUGCAGCACUAAUGGGCUUCCCCGUCACCCUGACACAGUCCUAUACUUUCAGCCCCUCGGGCAACUAGUACUUUUUAAGGGGGGCAAGUAUUAUGUGAUAAACGAGGAAUCAAUGACUGUGGAGCCUUACUACCCACGUAGUUUGAAGGACUGGAAAGGCAUACCAUCGGCGACUAAUGGAGUGUUAACCCAUCUGGAUGGGUCUGUCUACUUUUUCAAAGGUGACAGCUACUGGAAGUUUGACCAGAAUGAUUUGAGAGUUACUGCUUCUGGAAGGUGGGCUGAGGAUUUGUCUUGGAUUGGAUGCAAAAGGUUCUGAGUUUGAAAUUUAUGGACAUGGACUGGGGUUUACCUUGCCUCGGCUAUGAAACUCGGACUAUUCCUGGGGACAUUUCCGACAUUGACGCUCAGGGUCCCGACGUCAAAUCAAGUCGCUUUUUGGAAGAUAACAUCCUCUGACCCUGAGUUCUCCAUUGGUACCCUGGGAUUGAUGUCACUCCCUUGAGAUCACCCUGAAAUUGCUGGCCAUAGAACUGUAUGGAGGCGCUGGGCUGUCUGGUAGUUUAUACUAGAUUGUUCUCCUGAUCCAGUUAUGUUGUAUGUACAAAUAUCUUUGCUGUUCCCAAUAAAGUCAGUUCCUGUUUUACCUCAA